CCUUGUUCGAUAAUUCUGGAACCAUCAUGAGGAAGACGGUGAAGCGAGAAUCAGAAGCCCCCGGCGGCAGCGGUGGCAAAAGAGAAGCAGACGAAGAGCCGGAGCGGUUGAGGUCUGUGAAGAAGGAGAAACAGAGAAAAACCGGAGCUGAAUUCGUACGACCCGAUGAGCCUCCUCCGACUCAUGAAGAAGAACAAGGAAUUUCUGAUCGGAGAAUUCUCAGAUCUAAGUAUCUCUCUCUUCAAAACGAAAUCAACGAUUCUAAAGAUGAUUUGAUGAAGAUUGAUUCUGACAAAUUCUCCAGAAUUAUUAAUGAAGUUGAAAACUUGCACAAACAGGUUCGGAAGCCUAGGGAACAAAUUGCAGACGCAGAGGCACUUCUGGAUAUAGCAAACACCGUAAUGUCAUCGGUGAAGUCUCAGUCUGCUCAUGGGGUUUCACCGGCUGAGUUUGUUAAUGCUUUGGUCAGUGGGUUUGGUCAAGGUUCUUUGGGAAUUGAUGCUGAUGAAACUGCCCAAGUAUCUUUAAAGUGGAAGGAUCUUGGGUUUGCUGUCUGUUCUACUGUUUUAGUAUCAUGUGGUUGUUCCACAAUGUUGGGACCUAUGGAUACUGAACUGAAGCAAAGGAAAAGGGCACCUAACAGAAAACGUACAAAGCCUGGUGAAGGUGUUCGUCCAGAUGAGGUAGAUGAUUCACAAUCAGAAGAGAAAACGGAUACAGACAAGAAUAUGGCAAUAAUGUUUACCAUCUUGGGGAAAAAGAGGCGCGUGCGGCUUGAGAAUUUGGUGCUCAAUAGGCGGUCAUUUGCACAGACUGUAGAGAAUCUGUUUGCGCUAUCUUUCUUGGCCAAAGAUGGACGAGUUGAGAUCAUUGUCGAUAAAAGUGGUUCUCAUUUCGCCUUGCCAAGAAAUGGACCUGAUGCAAUUCUGGUGAUGUCGGGUGAAGUCAUUUAUAACCAUUUUGUGUUUAGAUUAGAUUUCAAAGAUUGGAAGUUGAUGUCUGAAAUGGUGCCACUGGGCCAGGAGUUAAUGCCACACAGAGAAACUGCAGUCGCUUCAUCUUCUUGUCCCGCUGCAUCAGCAGAUUUCACACAAGAUACUCAGACAACACCGAUAAGAAAACUGUCGAGAAACCGAGGUUUGGUUGUACAAGAAGAAACUGUUGUAGAAGAAGAAACUGUUGUAGAAGAUACUCCUGACACCAAGGGUGAUGAAACUCGAAGGAGAUGUAAGCGGAAACUCACUUAGUCUGAAGGAGUGUAUAGAGAGAGUAGUGAGUUGAAACUCUUGUAUCUGUUUCAUUUUGUGACAUUAGCUUAAUGUCUUCACUAGGAUUGUUUUGUUCAUGGUAGGUUUUAGCAGUUAAGUGGCUUUGUCUUAACUCUUAAAAGAAGCCAUUAAAGCCUCUUUGGCUUU